AUGGCACCUGCCGGCCGCGGCUGCGGCUGCUGGGGCUGCUUGGGCGCUGGGGUGGUGCGGCUACUGCAGCUGCUGCUGCUACUGGGGGCGCUGGCCUGCGCGCGGGCCACGGAGCACUACUCUCCGCUGUCCUUGCUGAAGCAGGAGCUUCAGCACCGGCAGCAGCAGGAGGCCCCGGCGGGCGGCGGCUGCCCGCAGUCGGGGGACUGGGCGGACCAGUACCCGGAGUGCGAGUCACCGUUCUUGAGCUUCCACGAGUCUGACUGUGAACUGAGGGGCUCGCCACCCUGUGACUCCCUGCUUUCUCUCAACACCGAAAAGAUCCUGAGCCAGGCCAAGUCUAUUGCAGAACAGAAGAGAUUCCCGUUUGCUACUGACAACGACAGCACCAAUGAAGAGUUAGCUAUUGCUUACGUGUUGGUCGGCAGUGGCCUGUAUGACGAAGCAAUAAGGCACUUCUCGACCAUGCUUCAGGAGGAGCCUGAUCUGGUUAGUGCAAUUUAUGGCCGAGGGAUAGCCUAUGGAAAGAAGGGACUACAUGACGUUAAGAACGCUGAGCUUGCUUUGUUUGAACUGAGCCGAGUAAUCGCCUUGGAACCUGACCGUCCAGAGGUAUUUGAGCAGCGAGCUGAAAUUCUGUCCCCUCUGGGGCGAAUUAACGAAGCCGUAAAUGAUCUCACUAAAGCUAUUCAGCUUCAGCCCUCCGCGAGGCUGUACCGACACCGGGGGACCCUGUACUUCAUAUCUGAGGACUACGCGACAGCCCACGAGGACUUUCAGCAGUCCUUGGAGCUGAACAGAAACCAGCCCACAGCCAUGCUGUACAAAGGCCUAACUUUCUUUCACAGAGGACUUCUGAAGGAAGCCAUCGAGGCCUUCAAAGAAGCGCUGAGACAGAAAGUUGACUUCAUUGAUGCGUACAAAAGUCUGGGACAGGCCUACAGAGAGCUGGGGAAUUUCGAGGCGGCCACCGAGAGCUUCCAGAAGGCCCUGUUGCUCAACCAGAACCACGUGCAGACCCUGCAGCUCCGGGGCGUGAUGCUCUACCACCACGGCAGCCUGCAGGAGGCCUUGAAGAACUUCAAGCGCUGCCUGCAGCUGGAGCCAUAUAAUGAAGUGUGCCAGUACAUGAAGGGGCUCAGCCACGUGGCCAUGGGGCAGUUCUACGAAGGGAUUAAAGCUCAGACGAAGGUCAUGCUGAAUGACCCCCUCCCCGGCCAGAAGGCCAGCCCAGAGUACCUACGGGUGAAGUAUCUCCGAGGUAAGCAGGCAGUGGUGGGAGCGUCCACUUCCACGCCCAGAGGGAAUGGAAGCAAACUGCCGGAAGGCACCUCACUUGUCUUCCUGGGCUACUGGAGGCUUCGGGCUGGCGGCAAAGCUAUCAGGACCAUGAUUCUCAGUGUGGUGCUAGGCCAGUGGAACCAGCAGUCUCACAGAGCUUUCCGACAUGGCUGGCUUCUUACCGGCUGGGCUCAGUAA